AUGAAUAAAUUUCUCGAAUUACCGGAGGAGAUUCUCGCAUUAAUUUUUAGAUAUAUUGUUGACAAAGACAAGUGUAAAGAAUUAAUAACAUUUCUGCCAUUACAAAUUUAUGCACUAAAGAAAAGAUAUAAAAAAUAUAUAAUUGGAAGUGAUUGUAAAUACAUUAAUUUCAUUGAUGGAUCAGUUAAUGAUUUAUUAGAUCUUUAUAAGAAAUACGAAUUUAAACCUCCAAAAAUCAUUGGAAAGCUACACGAAAUUUUGGAAUUGUUCGAAGUUGAAGAGCAGCAUCUGAAAAAGAUUAGUAGUUUCGAAAAUUCGAACUCAAUUUACAAUUUUAUUAAUGACAAAAACAUACAAUUUGAACUAUGUUUGAAUGAGUUUACAAAACUUGAAGAAUUAGAAACAAUUUUAACUAAAAUUAAUGUUGUCGGCAUCCAUUUUCAGAAAAAUGGAAGGUGGUUUCAUAAUAUAGAGUUUCAAGGUUCAUCAGUAGGAGAAUAUAAAAUUGAUACCGUUAAGUCGUUUUUGGAAUUUAUGGAACCAAUCAAUUUGUCAACUUUAUCAACACCAUAUAAAAAUUCAUUAAUUGAUUAUUUACCCAUAUCCUUAAAAAAAUUGACUUUAUUUUUUCAUGACUCUCCAGCAGGUGAUUUGAAGUUGGGUAAAUUCAUAAACCUUAAAUGUUUUACUUGUGAAAGCCUUAAUAAUAUACAAUCAUUAGAUGAACUUCAACUUCCAAUUUCCCUUAAAUAUUUAGAGUUAUUAUCAUGUAGUGGUUUAAAUUAUUUACACAAUUUGGACAAAUUUACUAAUUUGAUUGCCCUUAACAUAUUGGGAUGUUAUAAUUUUUUUGAUUUUAUCAAUACUUCAUUUCCUGAUUCAUUGAGAUCGUUAAUUUAUUGGCCCAGUCUAACCACAAUGGAUAUCAAACAAAUAUACAAUGAUGUUUGUAGUGGUAAUAAUAAUGAAUUUAAAAUUAUAAAUUUUUCAAAGGAUGGUCAAUCAUUUAUUAUUGGUUCUGAUUUUCAGUUUCCUCAUAGAUUAAUUAAUUUGGCAAUGGCUGAUUGUAAACGUUUUAUAUUGGAGCCUAAUACUAACUUAGAAUGUCUUUCUACUGUAAGACUAAUAGGUUUGACAAUGACAGAUUUAAAUGGAAUCUUAAAGUCGCUUCCAAAAAUUAUGAAUGAAGUUUAUAUUCAAAGUUCAAAUAUAAUAAAUAAUGAUGAAAAAUUAGUGUUUCCAUCUUUGAUACGAUUGGGUAUCUCGAAGAAUAAAUUUGAAUAUGGUUUUGAAGUGAAAUUUUCUUAUCUAGAUAGAAUACAGGACAUUUCAAUUACACGCAAUGAAAUAAUGAAGGCUGGCAAAAAAAUAGAGAAAGAUGGUAAAAUUAAUCAAUCAAUGGAUCCAACUUUGUUUUUGUCCCCAGGUUCAGUUCAUAAGUAUAUUGUUAAACCGCUGGGAACACAUAACUCAAGCUCAGUAUUAGAAACAUUUCAGUUUCCAAAUUUGGGUAAACUCAAUUUAGAGCAUAGGCAAACUAGAUUCAUAUGUAACUUAAUUGACAUUCCUCAAAUUUCAUUUUUAGGUUGUGAAGUAUUAAGAUCUAUCCGAUUAAUUAAUGUAGAUUUUGACAUUUUAAAUUUAAAUCUUUUUCCAAUAACUUUACAAGAUCUACAUAUUAAAGGAUUUAAAUUAAAUUCAAUUUCAGGAAAAUUUAGUACAUUACAAAAUCUAAAACAAUUAAGUAUAAUAAAUAGUAAGAUUAAUUACGAUAUGUUAGUGAAUCAAACAUUUCCUGAUAAUUUAGAAACUUUAGAUCUUUCACAAAACAAACUUGAAGAUUUAACAUGUUUAAAUAUUACAAAUUGUACAAAUUUGUCACGUUUGCAUUUGAGAGAUGUUACGAAAUUGAAAAAGCCAAAAGGUGCUACUGAUUUGAGGAAUUUUGUUUUGAAGAUAAAUUCAAACUCUAGAAGUUGUAAAGCGUAUCUAUCAGCUUAUGCAAGUCCAGGAACAAGAAUUAUAUUUGAAAUUAGGGAUGGCAAAGUUAAAACUUAUUGA